UAGCAGAAAAACGCAAUUUUAAUUGAAAACAAUUCCGUAAUUAUUAAAAAAUAUAGCUAGUAAAAUUUGGGAUCAGUUGCUAAAAGUUAAAAAACAGAAGCCACAAUGAAUCGUUUGUUUGGUAAAGGCAAGCCCAAGGAGCCAGCACCGAAUCUGAACGACUGCAUCACGGGGGUUGAUGCUCGCGCAAAUAAUAUAGAGGAAAAGAUUACAAAGCUGGACAAUGAACUACGCAAAUAUCGCGAACAGAUGUCGAAGAUGCGAGAAGGUCCAGCUAAAAACUCUGUAAAGCAGCGGGCAAUGCGUGUGCUCAAGCAGAAAAAGGCCUAUGAACAGCAAGUGGAGGCACUGCGCAAUCAGUCUUUCAAUAUGGAACAGGCAAAUUAUGCCGCACAAUCACUCAAAGAUACACAAGCUACCGUAGCUGCAAUGAAGGAUGGGGUCAAGCAGAUGCAGAAGGAAUUCAAAAAAGUCAAUAUUGAUCAUAUUGAGGAUAUCCAAGACGACAUGGCUGAUAUGUUGGAGCAAGCAGAUGAAGUUCAAGAAGCGCUCGGACGUACCUAUGGCGUGCCAGAAGUUGACGAUGAUGAAUUACAAGCUGAAUUAGAUGCGCUAGGUGACGAGAUAGCACUCGAUGAUGAUACCAGCUAUUUGGAUGACGUGGUGAAAGCGCCAGCAGCACCUGAUAGAGAGCCGGGAGCUGAUAGUUUUGUACCAGGCAAUAAGGGUAGAAUUGAAACUGACGAGUUUGGCUUGCCCAAAGUGCCCACUUCGGUUAAGACGUCGUAAACACAUUACUUUGUCUCGUUAUCAUUUUCUUAACAUUAAGCAAGAAGCGUAGCAUUAAUCGAAAUAUAUGUAUGUAAAAGCUAAAAUGAACUCAA